AAGAUAUCUUAAUUUCCAAAAGAAACCACUAAGCUCAAGCCAUGGAAGCCGAGCUCUCAAUAGAUUGGAAAGGCCGCCCCUGCAAACCAAACAAGCAUGGAGGCAUGCGUGCUGCUGUCUUUGUUCUAGGCAUUCAAGCAUUUGAAAUCAUGGCUAUAGCUGCUGUGGGAAAUAAUCUCAUAACUUAUGUGUUCGACGAUAUGCACUUCCCACUCUCCAAGGCAGCAAAUAUUGUCACUAACUUCAUCGGCACAGUGUUUAUCCUUUCGCUGCUCGGUGGUUUUCUUUCUGAUUCUUAUUUAGGCAGCUUCUGGACCAUGCUCAUAUUUGGAUUUAUUGAGCUUUCUGGCUUUAUUCUACUCUCUGUGCAAGCACAUCUUCCUCAAUUGAGGCCACCCAAAUGCAAAAUGAUGUUAAAAGAGGAUCAGUGUAUUGAGGCAAAAGGCUUCAAGGCUACAAUCUUCUUUGUGGCUCUUUACCUUGUGGCUCUAGGGAGUGGCUGCUUAAAACCCAACAUGAUUUCUCAUGGAGCUGAUCAAUUCAUGAAGGAAGAUCCCAAACAAUCCAAAAAGCUUUCAACUUACUUCAACUCUGCCUAUUUCAGCUUCUGCGUUGGCGAGCUCUUCGCGCUUACCGUUCUAGUUUGGGUUCAAACAAGAUCAGGGAUGGAUAUCGGCUUCCUCAUCUCCUCGGUGGCCAUGGCAAUGGGACUCUUAAGCUUGAUCUUUGGAAUGGUCUUUUAUAGGAACAAGCCUCCUCAAGGAAGCAUCUUUACUCCAAUAGCAAGGGUAUUCGUGGCUGCCAUCUCUAAGCGAAAACAAGUUUGCCCUUCCAAUAGCACCAACCAUUUAGCCGUUGCCGAUCCUUCUUCAAAUCCUGGAAACCUAUUGCAUACUGAAAGAUUCAGAUUCCUCGACAAAGCCUGCAUUCGAGUUCAGGAAGGCGCCAAAGAAAGCUCAUGGCGACUCUGCACAACAUCAGAAGUAGAACAAGUGAAGAUAAUACUCUCUGUAAUCCCAAUAUUCGCUUGCACCAUAGUCUUCAACACCAUCUUAGCUCAACUCCAAACCUUCUCAGUUCAACAAGGCAGAGCGAUGAACACUCGCUUGACAAAUUCCUUCAACAUCCCACCAGCUUCUCUCCAAGCCAUCCCCUACUUUAUCCUCAUAAUCCUCGUCCCUGUCUAUGAAAUAGCCUUUGUCCCCUUCGCUCGCAGACUAACAGGCCAUGACUCAGGCAUCACUCCUCUCCAACGCAUCGGCGUCGGCCUCUUCUCUGUCACAUUCUCAAUGGUUGCUGCAGCUCUUGUAGAGAAGAAGAGAAGAGAAGAAGCUUCGUUGGAACAAAGCAAUCUCCUUUCCAUCUUCUGGAUUACACCUCAGUUCCUAAUCUUCGGGAUUUCUGAAAUGUUCACUGCAGUGGGACUCAUUGAGUUCUUUUACAAGCAGUCAUUAGCAGGAAUGCAGUCUUUUCUCACUGCAAUAACUUACUGCUCUUACUCAUUUGGGUUCUAUUUAAGCUCUCUGUUGGUUUCUUUGGUCAAUAAGAUCACCAGGUCAGAAUCUUAUGGUGGAUGGCUUGGUGAUAAUGAUCUCAAUAAGGAUAGACUGGAUUUGUUCUAUUGGCUUCUGGCAUCUCUCAGCUUUCUCAACUUCUUCAACUACCUGUUUUGGUCAAGAUGGUAUGGUAACAAUAAUCCAUCUCGAGCUUAUAAUCUUGCAUCAAAGCAGGUGGGCGCAGACAACAUAUAGCUAGCAACAAUAAGGAAAGGUUGUGAAGUUAUUUUUACUUUAUUUUGGAUUAAAGCUGUAAUUAAGGGAAACAAAAAAAAAGUUUAGUUAAUUAUAAGGAAAAAUAGCCUGUAGUGAUGUAAACUCUAAGCACAAAUCUUGGAAGAGUAAAGUGGAGUGGAUUUCCUUCCUAGUUUUAAGAUAAUGGUGGGUGUCUAUUGGUCCUUGGUUGGAUUCAGAGACUGUUUGGUGUAAUGCUUAAUUACCAUAUAGAAAUAGUGUUCAAAGGUAAGUUUGGUCAAAUAGCAUUUUACUAAGAUGGAAUGUACUUAUACUAAUGCUUUUUUUUU